UCUUCGUGUGCGAAUUGUGUCAAAGCACAAAAUGCAAUACCGGCUCUGUGUGGAUCUCUGUGGUCUUUCUUUCUUUGAACAAAGAAGAAUCUGAAUUCCGUUUUCAUUUCACAAACGCGGAUGAAAGUACUUUUUUGAAAACAAUAUUAUUCAUUUAAGGAAUGUAGCCUAUUCCCUGGCGUUUCGUGACAUUUGCUCAUAAAAAUCUGGAGGGAGACACUUACUGCAUUGACUCCAAUCCAUAGCCUACGGAUUUCAGCGAGGUUAAUUUCCGAUUUUUUGCAAUCUUUGAUCUUGUACCAACUAUAAACCGUAUUGCGGACAGGGCAUUUUACUCUUCUCCAAUGCUGGUAAGCAUUGCAAAGUUUAUUCCGGAAGAUGAAGAGUCUUAAAUUGGUCACGUUGGGCUGGUGCCUCAAAUCCCUGGUCACGAAAAUGAUGAGCUUAAAGGAACAUGUUUCGUUGCCAGUGGCUACAGGAGUGCUGCUGUUUGGCAUUCCGUACAGUAUCUCCCUCUUAGUCCAGUGGAUGUACGGCUGGCCAAAUAAACCAAGUUACGAGAAGUAUAUAGAAGCUAUAAGGCCCAGGCGGAUAUACCGUUUAACCAGAGCUGUGCUGGGAAUGCUUAAAUGUGUCCAGUACGGUAAACUGUAUUUUCAGUGGAGAUUAUGGUACAAAAAUGCUGAUAACCAUAAACAUUUUAAAAAGGGUAUCUCUUUUGGUCGCCGUUCCAACAAACUGGACCUGUACUACUGUCCAAAUAUGGACCAAUCACGUGCUGAACCUACACCUGUAGUCGUUUUUGUGUAUGGAGGUGCAUGGGGAUCAGGGGAUAGAGGCAUGUACUGCUUGCUGGCAUCUCAGAUGGCGAAGGAGCUCAAUGCAAUGGUGGUCUGCCCUGACUAUUCAACCUAUCCAAAGGGCAAUGUUCUGGAUAUGGUUCAAGAUAUUGCUGACAGUCUGUUGUGGGUGAAAGAAAAUGGUGACAUGUUUAACAUUGAUAAUGUCAGCCUUGCAUUGAUUGGCCACUCAGCUGGUGCACACUUGUGUGCCCUGACUACACUCUUUCUGGUCAACGGUGCUAAGGAACUGGGAAUAGAGGCUACCAAACAGAGAGAAAUCACCGCUUUGAUCAAAGGGGUAGCAGGGCUGAGCGGGGUUUACAAUAUCUUGGAUCAUUAUCGGCACGAGAAAACUCGGGGUGUGGAAUAUGUUUCUCCAAUGCACAAAGCAAUGGGGGGAAUUGAGAACUUUGAUUACUAUUCACCUACCUCCACGCUGAAGACACUCACAGACGACCAACUGAAGACAGUGCCUCCAUUCUGUUUGAUCCACGGAACUGGCGAUGGAACCGUUCCUGUGGUAUCAUCCCUGAAGUUCUCAGACGCUCUCGCCGACCUCUCUGUGAAGGUGUCCCUCUACCUCCUGCCCCAAGUGGGCCACACAGAGAUGGUCACGGACUUAAUGGCCCCCGACAGCAAUUGCUACCACACUGUCUACGGCUGCAUUAAACAGGUAUUCAAUAAAUACACAGGAAAUUGUUGACCACAGCCAUGCCUGUAUAUAAUGUUCAGACGUAGGACCACACCACACAGCAAAUGAAUGUAACUUCUUGGUGCGGUUUUCUGAUUUAAAAAAAAAAAAUUUUUACUGUGAAAAAUGUAUGCAAAAUUAAAAUAAAAAAUAUUUAACCACUUCA